AUGGGGACAGGUUCAUCAACUCCUUCGGUUCCAAAAGAUGUUAAAAAUGAAAGUCACAACAGUGCCAGAAAUGUUUUGGAAAAUAUUGGAAUAGAAAUAUAUAAUGAGGAAAAAAAAAAAGUGAAUGGAUAUACAAGUCAAUUGAGAGGCGAUUUAUCAAGAGCACGAUUUCAUGAUGGCUUGCGCAAGGCAGCUCGUUUGGGGGUAAUACCUGGUCCUGCAAAUUCAUGCGAUCUUGACCACAAAUUCUAUACUAAUAUAAAUAAUGGAUAUCCCCCCGCAAGAAAUCCUUGCGAUCUUAGAAAUCAAAAUCGUUUUGGUGAAAAUGCCGAAGCGUAUUGUAAUAGUGAUAAAAUAAGGGUUACUGGAAAAAAAAGUGCUGGUGGAGCAUGUGCACCAUUCCGAAGGCAAAAUAUGUGUGAUAAAAAUUUAGAAUAUUUAGAUAACACUAAUACUGAUGAUACUGAUGAUUUAUUGGGAAAUGUGUUAGUUACAGCAAAAUAUGAAGGCGAAUCUAUUGUUGCGAAGCAUCCACAUAAAGAAAAUUCAGAAGUAUGUACUGCACUUGCACGAAGUUUUGCAGAUAUAGGUGAUAUUGUAAGAGGAAAAGAUAUGUUUAAACGUAAUGAAGAAGACGCAGUGCAGAAAGGUCUAAGGGCGGUUUUUAAGAAAAUAAAUGACAACUUAAAGGAAAAAGAAAUUAGUGAUUAUGAUAAUGAUCCAAAUUAUUAUAAAUUAAGGGAAGAUUGGUGGACAGCGAACAGAGACCAAGUAUGGAGAGCUAUAACAUGUUAUAUUCCGUAUUAUGUUAAUUAUUUUAAAAAAACGUCAGACGAUACUAUCGUUUUUACCAAUGACGGAAAAUGUGGCCAUUAUGAAGGUGCUCCUCCUACCAAUUUAGAUUACGUCCCUCAAUUUUUACGUUGGUUCGAUGAAUGGGCAGAAGAGUUUUGUCGAAUAAGAAAUCAUAAGUUGAGAAAGAUUAAGGAUGCCUGUCGUAAUGACAAAGAACGUUUAUAUUGUAGUCAGAAUGGAUAUGAUUGUACGAAACGUAUUGAAAAAGGAAGUAGUUGCUCUAGGGAAAAUAAGUGUACUGGCUGUUCGAAUAAAUGUGUUGAUUAUGACUUUUGGUUAGAGAAACAACAAAAUGAAUUUAAAAUACAAAAGGAUAAAUAUGAUAAGGAAAUAGAAACAUAUGUAAAUAAGACCCCUAUAUCUAAUAGUAAUAGUAAUACCAAGAAGGAAUAUUAUAAGGAAUUUUAUGAAGAACUUAAAAAACAAUAUGGAAGUGUUAAAAAUUUUUUACAGCUACUAAAUAAUGGAAGGUAUUGCCAAGAAAAAAUUGAAGAAGAAGAUGCUAUUGAUUUUACUAAGACUGGUAAUAAACAUGCAUUUUAUCGCUCAGAUUAUUGCCAACCCUGUCCCGAUUGUGUAGUUGAAUGUGACGGUAAAACAUGUACACAAAAAACGGAUGAUGAUAAGAAUUGCAGGAGCAAAAUAAUCCAAAAAAUUCUAGAAAGUGAGACGCCUAUUGAAAUUGAGGUUCUCUAUAGUGAUGAUAAACAAGGUGUUAUUACAGAAAAAUUAAAAGAUUUUUGUAGGGGACCAAAUAAUUACAAUGAUGAAAAUCUUCAAAAAUGGAAAUGCUAUAAUAAAAAUAGUGAAUAUAAUAAAUGUGAAAUGAUAAGUUGGUUAUAUCAAGAUCCAAAAGAGUAUAACCUUAUGUUAUCUGUUGAAUGUUUUCAUUCGUGGGCUAAAAAUUUAUUAAUAGACACCAUAAGGUGGGAACAUCAACUUAAGAAUUGCAUAAAUAAUACUAAUGUCACGGAUUGUACAAGUAAAUGUAUCAAAAAUUGUGAAUGUUAUGAAGCAUGGAUUGAACGAAAAAAAGAUGAAUGGGAAAAAUUGAAAGAAGUAUUAAAUAAAAAAGACGAAACAUCACACAAUUAUUAUAAUAAACUUAAAGAUGUUUUUGAUCGUUUUUUAUUUCAAGUUAUGUUUGCGCUUGACCAAGACGAAAAAGGAAAAUGGGAUCAAUUUACGGAAGAUUUAAAAAAAAAAUUUGGACCUUCCGUAGAAAGUGCAGGUACCGCAAAUUCACAAGAUGCAAUAGAAUUCUUAUUAGAUCACUUAAAAGAUAAUGCCUUAACAUGCAGAGACAAUAAUUCAAUCAAACCAUGUACCUAUCCCCCGAACCCCACACCAAACCCCUGUGGAACAAACAAUAAUGGUGGCAAACUUGUGAGAGUGAAAAGACUAGCCGAAAUGAUGCAACGGCGCGCGAGGAAACAAUUGGAGAAACGUGGCGGCGAAAUUAAUUUGAAAGCUGAUGCAUCACAAGGAAAAUAUAUACGUGGAGGUAAAGAAAAGAAACUGAAUGGACAAAUUUGCAACAUUGAUACAAGCUAUUCCAAUGAUAGUCGUAAUGGUAAUAACGGUGGACCAUGUACAGGAAAAAAUGACAAACGGUUUAAAAUAGGAACGGAAUGGUCUUAUGGGGAACACGAAAAAAAAAGAACACACCCUGAGGUAUAUAUGCCACCGCGAAGAGAACAUAUGUGUAUUUCCAAUUUAGAAAAAUUAGACGUUGUUAGUGUCAUUAAAAAUGGUAAUGCUAGCCACUCAUUAUUAGGUGAUGUAUUGCUCGCAGCAAAAUAUGAAGCAAAAAAUAUAAAGGAACUGUAUCAACAAAAUAAUAGCAAAAAUGGUGUAAUUGACCAAAAUGACAAGGAAACUAUAUGCCGAGCGAUGAAAUAUAGUUUUGCAGAUAUAGGUGAUAUUAUAAGGGGAAAAGAUAUGUGGGUACAAAACACGGAUGCAACAAAACUACAAGCUUAUUUAGCAAAAAUUUUUGAUAAAAUUAAAGACAACCAUAAAGACAUCAAAGGCAAACUCCAAUAUAAUGGUGACACGGAUCAUAAACUAUUGAGAGAAGACUGGUGGGAGGCUAAUAGACAUCAAGUUUGGAGAGCUAUGAAAUGUGCAAUAGAAAAUGACAAAGAUAUGAAAUGUAAUGGUAUCCCCAUAGAAGAUUAUAUUCCUCAACGAUUAAGAUGGAUGACAGAAUGGGCCGAAUGGUAUUGUAAAGAACAGUCACGGCUGUAUGGAGAGUUGUUGGAGAAGUGUCAGAGCUGUAAGGGUAAGCAAAAAUGUACUGAAGGUGAUGUCGAUUGUGGAAAGUGCAAAGCAGCAUGUGAUAAAUAUAAAGACGAAAUAAACAAAUGGAGAGAACAAUGGACAAAAAUAAAAGGAAAAUACAAAACAUUAUACAAAAAAGCAACAAAACCUGGUGUUACUACCUCUAAUAAUCCUAAAGAUGAAAAAGACGUUGUUGAUUUCUUGAAACAAUUACUACCACGAAAAAGUAAAAAUACCCCUGGUGUCACCGCCAUGACCCCGAACACCCUCUACAGUUCCGCCGCUGGGUACAUCCACCAGGAAUUGGGGAAGACCGUGGGAUGUAACACGCAGAAGGAGUUUUGUGACAACAAGAAGGGUAAAUACGCUUUUAAACAUCCGCCAAAGGAGUAUGAAGAGGCGUGUAUUUGUGAUACUAGGCAGAAGGCACAAAAACCAAUUGAGAAAAAAAACGAUUGUAAUGGAAUUAAGACACUUCUUGAUCGAUCAAAUGGCGGAACAGGUGGAAUAGAUGGAUGUAAUCCAAAAAUAGGAAAUUAUCCUUCUUGGAAUUGUGAAAGAAAUGAAUCUAAGGCGGAAAAUAAAGGUGCGUGUGUGCCACCCAGAAGAGAAAAAUUUUGUGUAAGUCUAUUAGCAAAAGAGGGUAUCUUUAAAAAUAAAGGAGAAGAUAUAAGGGAAACGUUUGUUAAAUCUGCUGCUUUAGAAACAUAUUUUGCUUGGAAGAGAUAUAAUGAUGAUAAUAAAAAAGCAGAAGAAGAAUUAAAAAGUGGAACAAUUCCAGAAAAUUUUAAAAGACAAAUGUAUUAUACUUUUGCUGAUUACCGAGAUAUAUUUUUUGGAACAGAUAUUACUUCACAUGAUCAUAUUCUAGAUGUCUCAAAAAAUGCAAAAAACAAAUUGAAAGAAAAAAAUGGUGAACAAAAAAGUGUUAUAAUAAUAGACGAUGAAAAAUUGCUUGCAGACUGGUGGAAAGAACAUGGUCACGAAAUAUGGGAAGGGAUGCUCUGUGCUUUAACACAUGAAAUAGAUGAAGAAGAAAAAAACAAAAUCAAAAGCACUUACUCAUACGACCAACUUAAAAAAACCACCAAUGGCACCACACCCCUUGAGAAAUUUGCAGAAAGACCUCAAUUCCUUCGAUGGUUCACAGAAUGGAGUGAUGAAUUUUGUCGUGAACGUGAGAAAAAGGAAGAAGUGGUGGAAAAAAAGUGUAAGAAGGAUCAUGAGGGAUGUAAUAAACCAAACACUAAGGGUAAUCAUGGUUGUGUUAGCGCAUGUAAAGAUUAUGAAGAAUAUAUUAGCACCAAAAAAAAACAAUAUAAUACUCAAAAAGAGAAAUUUGAUAUUGACAAAAAUAAAGGAAAUGAAGAAUAUGAAAAUUAUAAAGAUAAAGAAGCCCAUGAUUAUCUGAAAGAUAAAUGUUUCCCUGGUACAUGUGAUUAUAUGGAAAAAGUGAAAAAUAACUCCGAGUAUUGGGAUAAACCUAAUAAAACGUAUACAAAUAGUGAUCUAGAAAAAAAGUGCGAGUGCAAACCACAACCUCCACCACCUGCGCCAGCACCAACACAAAGUGCGUGCGAAAUAGUGGAUGAUAUACUUAAUGGAAAGAGCGCAACUGAUUAUAUAGAAAAGUGCAAUGGAAAAUAUAAAUAUGGAAGAUAUCCUGAAUGGAAUUGCAAUUCUCAGAUUCAUCGAACACAUAAUGGAGCAUGUAUGCCCCCUAGACGGCAAAAGUUAUGCGUAAUUAAUUUACAAUAUUUUAAAGGGAAAACAACAGUGGACUUACGAGAAGCUUUUAUUAAAUGUGCUGCUGUGGAAACGUUUUUUCUUUGGCAUAAAUACAAAGAGGAUAACAAUGGUGGUGAAGAUCUACAAAACCAAUUAGAAAGUGGAAUAAUCCCUGACGAUUUUAAGCGCCAAAUGUUCUACACAUUUGGUGAUUAUAGAGAUUUUUUAUUUGGAACAGAUAUAUCAAAAGGUCAUGGUAUAGGGAGUGAACUAGCAAAGAAAAUAGAUUCUCUUUUCAAAAAUAUUGGCGGCAAAAAUCCUGGUGACCUCUCACGCAAAGAUUGGUGGAAUGAAAAUGGUCCCUAUAUUUGGAAAGGAAUGUUGUGUUCACUAGAAAAAGCUUGGGGAAAAGACACUAUCAAAAACAAAAGCAAUUACAACUAUCACAACGUCAAAUUUAGUGAUAAUCGCAAUGGCCCAGAUCUAGAGACGUUCGCCAAACGGCCACAAUUUUUACGUUGGUUCACUGAAUGGGGCGAUGAAUUUUGUCGUGAACAAAAGAAACAAUUGGAUAUUUUGAAGAAGAAGUGUCCAAAAGAAACGUGUACCAAUGAAGGUAAGAAAAAAGAAUGUUCAGAUGCGUGCAAAGCAUAUAAAGAAUGGCUUCAAACGUGGAAAGAACAUUAUGAAAAACAAAAAAUAAAAUAUGAAAAUGAUAAGGAUUCAUAUACGAAUGAUCCAGAUACAAAACAAUCACCACAAGCCUAUCAAUAUUUGAACAAAAAAUUAGAAAAAAUUUGUCCAAGUGGAAAUACUAGUGCAAAUUGUGAGUAUAAGUGUAUGAAAUACCCCUCGUCACAAAAUAACAAUAAUAUGCCCGCAUCAUUGGACGAUACACCUAGUGAUUAUAAAGAUACGUGCGAGUGUACAAAAAGUCAAGCAUCUUCACGGAACUUUAGUGUACGAUCGGAAGAUGGUGAAGACGGACCACCUCCUCCUCGUGCCCCACGACAAAGUCUCGCUCGUUCCGCCGACAACCCAUCACCACGACCUGCACCACCUGGCGGACCACAACCACCAUCUGGAACCCCUGAUGCUGGUGGCGCCCGCGCCGAAACCGGCCCAUCACCACAACAACCACCAAAACCACCCGCCGGAAAUGGAGGUGUCGCUCGCAUUCUACAACCAAUCGCACGUGUCGACCAAGAUGAAGAAGAAGACGAAGAUGAAGAAGAUGACGACGAGGAAUCAGGUAGCGAGGAAGGUGAAGGUGAAGACGUCGACGACUCCGACUCCUCAGAAGACGAAAACGACGAAGAAGACGAAGACGACAGCCAUCACGUCGACGGCGGCCACCAGGAGGAAGAACCACCAGAUGAAACAGAAGUCGUGGAAGAGACUGUAGCAGCGCCAGAGGUGAAGCCAGCUUGUGAAAUAGUAAAAGAACUAUUUAAUGACACAAACAAAUUUAAAGACGCCUGCAACCUCAAAUAUGGCGGAAACAACUCACGUUUGGGAUGGAAGUGCAUACCAAGUGGUGACAGUACUACCACAAGUAGUGUUAACGGUGAUCGUUCCCAACGUCACAGACGUGCAGCCGGUGAAGCCACUGGCAAAAGUGAUGCUAGUGGUAGUAUUUGUGUGCCACCCAGGAGACGACGAUUAUAUGUGGGGAAAUUGACACAAUGGGCAAGUCAGAGAACACAAGGUGGAACGUCGUCACAAAUUGUUGGCAAAACUGCGUCACAACCAAAUAGUCACCCCACUUUGUCGCCGUCGUCCAACCCACGCGACGACGGCUUGCGUGAUGCGUUCAUCCAAUCUGCUGCAGUAGAGACGUUUUUUUUGUGGGAUAGGUACAAGAAAUUGAACACGAAAAAACCAGAUGCGACACUAGGCGGAUUACCUCAAAUACCACUCGCCAUGGGUGCCAUCAACGGAUACGUCCCUAGUGGUGAUGACAAUAACCCCCAAAAGAAAUUAGAAGAAGGUGAAAUACCUGAAGAAUUUAAAAGACAAAUGUUCUAUACUUUAGGAGACUAUAGAGAUAUAUUGUUUGGGAAAAAUGAUAUCGUGAUUGGAAAUACAGGUAGUGGUGCUAGUGAUAAAGAAAUGAAAGCAAAAGAAGAGAAAAUAAAAGAAACUAUAGACAAAGUUUUUCCAAAUAGUGUUUCCACACCUCCUCCCACACCUGCCACCAAACCUAGUGACGAAAAACGUAAAACCUGGUGGGAAGCAAACGGUGAACAUAUCUGGAAAGGUAUGAUUUACGCCCUAACAUACAAAGAUAAUGGCGAAAAAAAAAUAGUAAAGGAUAAUGAAGUGUACAAGAAACUGUGGGACGAAGCCAACAAAAAACCCAAGGAAACCAAAUACCAAUACAAAAAUGUCAAACUCGAGGAAAAUAGUGGUGCCAAACCCACCCAACCCCCCUCACCCAGUGGUGAUAACACCCCCACCACCCUCACCAACUUCAUUUCGCGACCCCCUUAUUUCCGUUACCUUGAAGAAUGGGGUGAAACAUUUUGUCGAGAGAGGAAAAAAAGAUUGGAAGAGGUGAGAAAAGAAUGUCGUGGUGAAUAUCCUGGUGAAAAAUAUUGUGGGGGUGAUGGACAUGAUUGUACUGAAAACGGAGAACUUAAACAUACUAAUAUGUUUGCAGAUUUAGAUUGUCGUGAUUGCCACAAACAAUGUAGAAAAUAUAGAAAAUGGAUAGAUAUAAAAUUCGAAGAAUAUGAAAAACAAAAAGAUAAAUAUCAAGGGGAACUUGAUAAAUUAAAUGGUAAUUCUAAUGGUAAUAAUAAUUGCUGUAAAGAAAUAAAAAAACAUACUUCUGCUUCAGAAUUUUUGAAAGAAUUGAAACAUUGCAAAGAUGGUCAAAAUAGUGAGGAUGAUACGGAUAAAAGUGAGGAGGAUAAAAAAAAUAAUAAAAUAGAUUUUAAUAAACCUCUCGAAACAUUUAAUCCUUCAACGUAUUGUGAAACUUGUCCUUCCAAUAAAGUUAAUUGUAAUGGCAGUGGACGUGGUACACGUGGUAAAGACCCAUGUACACCACAUAACGAAAAAGGAAAGUCGUGGGAAAGUGUUUUUAAUGCAAACGGUGGAAAUAGUACUGAAAUUACUGUAGAAAUGAUUGAUCGUAGGGAACCGCUUAUUAAAAAUUAUUCAAAAAUAUUAGAAGAAUCAGGAAAUUCAUCAGAUUCAUUGUUUAAAACUUCACGUUUAUUUAAAAGUGUAAGAGAUCAACAAUGGGAAUGUAGAUAUAAAGAUGAAAAGACGGAUAUAUGUAAAUUAAAAAAUUUUAAUGACAAAAUAGACCUCAAUCAAUAUACUACAUUUAAAGUAUUUCUAGAAUAUUGGUUACAAGAUUUUAUAGAAGGUUAUUAUAUAUUGAAAAAAAGAAAAAUAAUCGAACAAUGUAAAGAAAAUGGAGGAGAGACAUGUAAUGAAAAUUCAAAAAACGAUUGUGCAUGUGUGAAAGGAUGGGUAGCACAAAAGACUACAGAAUGGAAUCAAAUAAAAGAUCAUUAUAAUAAAAAAGAAUAUGGUAAUGGAUAUGAUAUGUCUCAUAAGGUCAAAAAUUAUUUUGAAAAAAAUGAAAAUGAGUUAAGGAAAUGGAUAGAUAAUUAUGACGUCUUAAAAAAUAACGAAGAAUAUGAGGUUUGUAAUAAUGGUGAUAAGAAUUGCAAUUUUGAGGGUAAAAAAAGAAAAAAAGAUAUGGUAACUCUUUUACUUUCUCGGCUUCAAAACGAAAUAAAAACCUGUCAAAACCCCCCACCGAGUGACGCAAACCUACUUAGUGCCCAAAACCCAGCACAGUGUCAAGAAUCAUCCCCCGUUGGAGACGUUGAAGAGGACUUACUCCUUGAAGAAGAAAACACAGAAAAUACAGUGGAGGCAAAAAAGAACAUGAUGCCGACAAUUUGUAAAGAUGUGGUGCCACAAGAACCAAAAGCAGAGGAUGAAAGCGGUUGUAAAACAGAUGCUCCUCAACCAGACGUUAAAGAGGAAGAAGAAGAAAAAGAAGAAGAAAAAGAUAAAGGAGAUGAAGAACAAAGUGGCGCCCCUUCAUCACCAUCACCUAGUGAAGGCACAGAGGAACCUCCACCGGCCCCUGAGGCGCCUCCAUCAACACCAAGACCACAACCACUCCCAAGUGAUAAUACCAGCGAUAUAUUAAAAACUACUAUCCCGUUUGGUAUUGCAUUGGCCUUGACUUCGAUUGCGCUUUUAUUUUUGAAGAAAAAACCUAAAUCUCCUGUGGACCUCAUACGUGUACUUGAUGUACAUAAAGGUGAUUAUGGAAUGCCUACGUUGGAAUCCAAAAAUAGGUACAUACCAUAUAGAAGUGGUACAUAUAAAGGUAAAACAUAUAUUUAUAUGGAAGGAGAUACUAGUGGAGAUGACGAUAAAUAUAUGUUUUUGUCUGAUACUACUGAUAUUACUUCCUCCGAAAGUGAAUAUGAAGAGAUGGAUAUUAAUGAUAUAUAUGUACCAGGAAGUCCUAAAUAUAAAACAUUGAUCGAAGUAGUAUUGGAACCAUCAAAAAGUAAUGGUAACACACCAAGUAAGGGUGAUGGUAACACACUAGGUGAUGAUAUGAUACCUACCACGAAUACAUUUACAGAUGAGGAAUGGAAUGAACUAAAACAUGAUUUUAUAUCACAAUAUAUACAAAGUAGAUUACCAAUGGAUGUACCACAAUAUGAUGUAUCAACGGAAUUACCAAUGAAUAUAACAGAAGUUAAUGUUUUAGAUGUUGGCAUAAAUGAAAAACCUUUUAUUACAUCUAUUCAUGAUAGGGAUUUAUAUAGUGGAGAAGAAAUUAAUUAUAAUAUUAAUAUGAGUACUAACACUAAUAAUGAUAUUCCAAAAUAUGUAUCAAAUAAUGUAUAUUCUGGUAUCGAUUUAAUUAAUGACACGUUAAGUGGUAACAAACAUAUUGAUAUAUAUGAUGAAGUGUUAAAAAGAAAAGAAAAUGAAUUAUUUGGAACAAAUCAUACGAAAAAUACCUCAAACAACAGUGUUGCAAAAAAUACAAAUAGUGAUUCAAUUAUGAACCAAUUAGAUUUGUUACAUAAAUGGUUAGAUAGACGUAGAAAUAUGUGUGAGAAGUGGGAAAAACAUAAUAAGGAAGAAUUGUUAGAUAAAUUGAAUGAACAAUGGAAUAAGGAUAAUGAUGGAAUUAAUGUACCAAGUGAUAACAGAUCGUUGAAUACGGAUGUUUCUAUACAAAUAGAUAUGGAUGAAAAUAAAGGAAAGAAGGAAUUUAGUAAUAUGGAUACAAACGUGGAUACACCUACUAUGGAUAAUAUAUUGGAUGAUUUGGAAACAUGUAAUGAACCUUUUUAUGAUAUAUAUGAGGAUGAUAUAUAUUAUGAUGUAAAUGAUGAAAACCCAUCUGUAGAUGAUAUACCUAUGGAUCAUAAUAAAGUAGAUGUACCUAAGAAAGUACAUGUUGAAAUGAAAAUUCUUAAUAAUACAUCCAAUGGAUCGUUGGAACCAGAAUUUCCUAUAUCGGAUGUAUGGAAUAUAUAA